AUGGCUUCUCCACAUCAUAUGAGUAUCGUCAGAGGGAACGACGUUAAUCUCUCCAUAUCCAUUUCAAACUCAAGGGUGGUUGACGUCGAUGAAAAAGCGGGAAAUAUACAUGAAAUCAUAUCAUCAGGAUCCGGUUCUGAUCUCGAGUACCAAGAAAAGACGCUUGAAAGAGGAUUAAAGUCUAGACACGUCCAAUUGAUUGCUAUUGGUGGUGCCAUUGGUACUGGUUUAUUUGUUGGUUCUUCUGUGGUGUUGACCAGCUGUGGUCCUGCUUCUUUAUUCCUUGCCUAUUGUAUUAUGUCUACAGUUAUCUAUUUCGUCAUGCAGAUGUUGGCGGAAAUGACUACUUUCUUGCCUUUGCCCGGUAAUGGUCCCCAAGCAUUUGUUAAUGAUUAUUUGUCUCACUCAUUUGGGUUUGCUAUCGGUUACAACUACUGGUAUGCAUUCAGUAUAUUGGUUGCUGCUGAAAUCACAGCUGCUGCUUUGGUUAUCCAAUACUGGACCACAAAGGUUAAUAUUGCGGUAUGGAUCACCAUUUUGUUAGCCCUUAUGAUUUCCCUUAAUCUUAUCUCGGUUAAGUUUUUUGGGGAAUCUGAAUUCUGGUUUGCAUCUAUUAAGUUGUUUGCAUUAAUGGGAUUGAUUAUCUUGGGUGUUGUUCUUUUCUUUGGUGGUGGUCCAAACCACGACCGUUUAGGGUUCAGAUACUGGAAGCACGAUGCAUUCAAGGAACAUCUUGUUAAGGGCUCCACAGGUAGAUUCUUGGGUUUCUGGACUGCGUUGAUUAAAUCUGGGUUUGCAUUCAUUUGUUCUCCAGAAUUGGUUUCUACUGCUGGUGGUGAAUGUUAUAAACCAAGAAGAAACUUGCCAAAGGCUGCUCGUAGAUUUAUUUACAGAUUGGCCUUCUUCUACGUGCUUGGUACGUUGAUCAUCGGGGUUAUUGUCAGUUCUAAUGACAAGAAGUUGAUCAAUGCCGGUACUAAUGAUGCUUCUGGUUCUCCAUUUGUCAUUGGUAUUCAAAAUGCCGGUAUUCCAGUGUUGAACCAUAUUAUUAACGCUGUCAUUUUGACUUCUGCUACUUCGGCUGGUAACUCGUUCUUGUACUCGUCUUCCAGAGCGUUAUUCUCCAUUGCCCAAAGAGGGUCGGCUCCAAGGAUCUUCACCACGGUUAACAGAUUUGGUGUUCCAUACUAUGCCGUGGCUGCUUCGUCUUCAUUUGGAUUCCUUUCCUAUUUGAACUGUUCAUCUGCUGCUGCUACAGUUUUCACCUGGUUUUCCAACAUUUCUACCAUGUCUGGUUUCAUUUCCUGGCUUACAGUUACUUGGGCUUACUUGAGAUGGAGAAAGGCAAUUGAUCACCAUAAUCUCCACGACAGAGUUACAUUCAGGACUCCAUUGCAGCCAUAUGGUGCUUAUUAUGUUUUGUUCGUCAUUUCGCUUAUCACGAUAACCAACGGGUAUGCCGUAUUCCUUGAUUUCAACAUUGGGGACUUCUUGGCAGCCUAUAUUACGUUUCCAAUCAUUCUUGUUUUGUAUUUCGGACACAGAAUUUAUGAAUACAAGGUGCAUAAUAUCAAAAAUUGGUUUAUACCCAUUGAAAAAAUUGAUUUAGUUACUGGGUUAGAUUUGGUUGAAGAAGAAGAUGCAACUUCGCCCGAACCAAUACCUAGGAAUUUUAUUGAGAAGAUCUGGUACUGGAUUGCUUAG